UUAAAUGGCGAUCUCUUAAUGACAGACAGACGAAUCUACUGAAGUUUUCUCCUGAUCUUCUGCCAACGUAUGAGUACGAUCAGUAUUUUUUAAGACCGCUGUUGAAUCCAUUUGGACGACAUCUGGUGUUGUUUAUCGGCACUGUUCAAGAAACACAAGCUCUUGAUGUUUCAGAGCACCACUGUCUCUUCAGCACAUGAAGGACAAGGUGAUGGCUGUACCCAGAAAUUUAAUACAAAUGGUCCAUCGCGGGAAAGUGAUUUCACUGUGGGGAAUUCAAGUAAAAAGAACUUCUAGUUUUAGCCACGCCUGGUGCAGAAGUAUAGCUUCAGAUGUUACUGCCCGUACCUCUGCUGCAAACACAGUGGAACUGCUUGGCAAAUCUUAUGUUCCAGAUAGCUACAGCAAUGUGACAACGAAGAUUCUUUCCAAAGUGGGCAAAAAUUUGCACAACCAAAGGAAUCACCCUUUGUGGCUGAUCAAAGAGCGUGUGAAAGAUCACUUUUACAAGCAGUAUAUAGGACGCUUUGGAACCCCACGGUUUUCAGUGUAUGAUGAUUUGUCUCCAGUGGUCACUGUGGAGCAGAACUUCGAUAGGCUGCUUAUUCCACAAGACCAUCCCAGCCGGAAGAAAGGGGACAACUACUACCUGAAUCAUACUCACAUGCUAAGAGCUCACACGUCUGCCCACCAGUGGGACUUGAUGCACUCUGGACUUGAUGCUUUUCUGGUGGUGGGAGAUGUUUACCGUCGUGAUCAGAUCGAUAGCACCCAUUAUCCAGUCUUCCACCAGCUGGAAGGGGUCAGACUCUUCUCCAACCAUGAGCUAUUCAGCAAUGUCCACGAUGGAGAAAGUUUUUGCUUGUUUGAACAAGGCCACCGUACACCCUACAAGCAAGAGACGCACACCAUGGAAGCAACCAAACUUAUGGAACACACUUUGAAAUUGACACUGACAAAACUUGUGGCUCAUCUGUUUGGUGAUGGACUUGAGAUUAGAUGGGUGGACUGCUACUUCCCAUUUACUCAUCCUUCCUUUGAGAUGGAGAUCAACUUCCAAGGAGAUUGGAUGGAGGUCUUGGGUUGCGGGGUCAUGGAGCAGCAGCUAGUUAACUCAGCUGGUGCUGAGAACAAAAUUGGAUGGGCGUUUGGCCUGGGCUUAGAGAGGCUGGCCAUGAUCCUCUACGGGAUCCCUGACAUCCGCCUGUUCUGGAGCAAAGACGAGCGUUUCCUGAAACAGUUCCAUGUGCCUCACAUUGACCAGAAAAUACAAUUUCAGCCUUUCAGCAAAUAUCCACCUCUGAUCAACGAUAUAUCUUUUUGGCUGCCUUCUGAAAAAUACUCUGAAAAUGACUUCUUUGACAUAGUCCGAACUAUUGGAGGAGACUUGGUGGAAAAGGUCAAACUUAUUGAUGAAUUCACACAUCCAAAGACAAAAAAGGUCAGCCAUUGUUACGAGAUCACAUACAGGCACUUGGAAAGAACCUUGACUCAGAAGGAAGUGAGCAGCCUUCAUCGAGCUAUUGAAGAAGCAGCCGUACAUGAAUUAGGAGUGGAAGGAAGGUUUUGACAUUGCAGCUUUGCUCUCUCUGAUUUGCUUUGAUCCUCCUUAAUUUUUUUCUUCUUGUUAAAAAUUGUUUUCAUCAUCAGAGGCCUUUGGCAAUGGUGUAUUAAUGAAGAGUAGCACUGUACUUCCCCUAAAUAUUAAUAAAAACCUGGUUUC